AUGUUUUAUUUAAACAAUAUAUGUUUUGUUUUGGUUUUUCUCUCAGUCCUUUUGCCAUUUGCAAUUGGGGCACCACAAGUUCCUUGCUUCUUCAUUUUUGGAGACUCACUGAUUGAUAAUGGCAAUAAUAAUGAUCUUGUAACACAGGCAAAGGUAAACUAUUUACCUUAUGGAAUCGAUUUUCCGCUAGGACCGACCGGCCGAUUCACUAAUGGUCAAAAUACAGCCGACGUACUUGCUAAGCUUCUGGGAUUUGAAAAUUAUAUCCCUCCCUUUGCAACAGCACAAGGUCAGGACUUCAUCAAUGGUGUCAAUUAUGGGUCGGGAUCAGCCGGAAUUCGAAGCGAGACAGGCCAGCAAUUGGGCGAUAGGAUCAGUUUGGACAGGCAGUUGCUAAAUCACAAACAUACAGUUUCACGCAAUGUUCUUCUUCUUGGAAACGAAACUUCAGCCAAACAGCACCUAGGAAAAUGUCUGUACACGCUUGUAAUUGGCAGUAACGAUUACAUAAACAACUACUACAUGCCACAGAGUUAUUCAACAAGCAGAUUAUAUACACCAGAUCAAUAUGCCACUGUCUUAAUUCAACAGUAUUCACAGCAGCUAAAGACUUUGCACAAUUAUGGGGCAAGAAAAAUAUCAGUUUUUGGGCUUGGUCCAUUAGGUUGCCUUCCAGCAAUGUCGGCUAUGGGGACUAAUGGAUCAGUUUGUGUUGAUUCUAUAAAUAAUGCAGUUCAAUUAUUCAAUGACAAGCUGAAGCUCCUUGUUGAUGACCUCAACAAAAAUUUGACAGAUGCAAAAUUUAUCUAUAUAAACGCCAUGGAAAUUAUGUUAGGAUUUCUUUCAGAUCUUGCCAUAAGAAUUCUUGGUACGCCGUGCUGCAAAGUAUCGACAAACGGACAGUGCAUUCCUGGACAAGAUCCGUGCCCCGUUAGGCCAUUGCAUCUGUUCUUUGAUAAUUUUCAUCCUCCUGAAACUGUAAAUUUGGUAGUGGCGACAAGAGCAUACACUUCGUUGCUAUUUUCUGAUGCAUAUCCCUUUGACAUUCAAACUUUGAUUCGAUUGAAGUUAUGA